UCAUCCGGUGUCUGUCGUAAUUGGAUCAGUCUUGUGACCGAUAUGGUGACUUGUCAGUUCUUUGAAGGCCUUGUGAACCAUUUUCGUGGCUGAUUUGACCGAAAGUAGACAUGAAGUUCAUCGCAGCAUUGCUUGUAGCUUUUGUAGGGGCAUCGUCUGCCUGUGAUUUUCCUCCAAGUCUUUGGUGCAGCAGCAAAGAAAUCUCUAAACUUUGCAAGGUUGAAGAGCAUUGUAGGGAACACUUGGCCUCAUCAGGAUUGACCAAUGCCGCCCCUGUCAACUUUGCCUUGUAUUAUGAAUCGCUGUGCCCAGACUGUAAGCUCUUCUUCCAACACCAACUCACUGAGACGUUCCACACACUUGGCAGUAUCAUGAACCUGACCCUCAUUCCGUAUGGUAAUGCAGAGGAGAGGAAACGUGGUGAUAAAUAUGUGUUUACUUGCCAGCAUGGAGAACAGGAGUGUGUAGGGAAUGUGAUUGAGACAUGUGCCAUACAUCUACUCAAAGAUAUCAAGGUCUACUUCCCAUUCAUUACCUGUAUGGAAGCUUCAAGUACUGAUCCAAAAGAAGCUGCCAAACAGUGCGCUACCAAAACUAAGAUCACCCAGUUGAAUGCUAUUAUGAAGUGUGCUGACGGUCCUCAGGGCAAUCAACUUGAGCACCAGAUGGCUAUGAAAACUGAUGCUCUUCAACCUGCCCAUCAGUAUGUUCCGUGGGUUACAUUGAACGGGGUACAUACAGAAAAAAUACAAAAUGAGGCUGAGAAAAACCUCCUCAAGCUUAUCUGUGAUACUUAUAAGGGUACAAAGCCAGCAAUUUGUAAGACGGAAGAGCCAAAGAAAAGAUGUACAAAAGAGUCAUGGUUCUUCGCAAGUCUUCCAUCUUUUGGAAAGCGGACACAUGAUGUUCUUUAACUUACAAAAAUAGCCAGAGACUUAUUAAUAAUAAUUAUUGCUCAAAUGCUGCAACAACUGGGACUUUUGAAAUAAUUUUGUUAGAAAACUGCACUGUUUCCUCAUGUCUCAAAAUAUCAUAUAAUGAUAGACUCUUUGGAUUACUCUGAAAAGUUCUCUUCACACAAAACAUUCCUUGACACCAGGUUUUUUAUAAGUUGUGAUGUAAAUCUGUUUAAAGUAUUGUGUUAAUGUAAUGUACGAUCAUUAGCAGCUGAGAAACCAAAAAGCAUAAUUUUUAUCUUCGAGAUAGAAAGCAGUUAUGGCAUUAUAACAGUUGUAAAACCAGGUUUGUGUGUCUGAAUUAUGAGUUGUAUUUUAUAAACAAUCCUGUAUUGAUUAGCCAUCAAAAAUUGUGCUAGUAAUUUAUAAAAAAUUCAUAUUUCCUUUGAA